ACUUUUGACAACCUUUCAGCGGGGUCUCAAAGUCCAGCGAAGUGGCUGUAUGAAAAGCCAUGGGAAGUUGAGCUCCAAGGACAGAGACGGCUUUUCAAGCUCGUGUUGCGGCUCCUUGGUACAUAGCGGCUCUGAAUGAGCAAACUCCCCAGAAAAGAUGAAAUUCGAGGAUCUCUUGCUGGAAAUUGGCGGCUUUGGCAGAUUCCAGAUUUUGAUUUUGUUUAUCCUCUGCCUCCCAAGAAUCAACCUUCCCAUGCAUUUUCUGCUGCACAAUUUUCUUGCUGCUACCCCCUCUCAUCGCUGUGCAAUUCCACACCAGGAGGCAUUUGUGAACCUCACCGUGGAGGAAGUUCUGCUCAUCAGCAUCCCCCGGGAGCCCGACGGCACUUUCAGGUCCUGUGAGAUGUUCUCGCGGCCUCAGUUUCAGCUGCUGCUCAACUCCUCUCUGCAACCAGAAAACGACUCCAUCAUCCAGCCCUGCCAGCACGGAUGGGCCUACGACCACUCGCAGUUCACCUCAACCAUCUCCACCCAGUGGGACCUCGUGUGCGAGCAGCGCGGACUGAACCAGGCGACGGCAACCUUCUUCUUCAUCGGCGUCACGAUGGGGGCCGUGGUAUUCGGGUACCUUUCAGACAGGUUCGGACGGAAAACCAUGCUCCUGCUGUCGCUCGUGUGCUCUGUCGUGUUCGGGAUGCUGAGCGCCGCCUCCGUCUCCUACAGCAUGCUGGCCGUCACGCGGACCCUCACCGGGGUGGCCCUGAGCGGCGUCUCCCUCAUCGUACUGCCUUUGGGGAUGGAGUGGGUGGACAUACAGCACCGCACCCUCACCGGGAUCCUGACUAGCAUCUUCUGGAGCAUCGGGAACAUGCUGUUGGCCAUGGUAGCGUACUUGGUGCGGGAAUGGCACUGGCUAUUGGUAGCCGUAACAGGACCUUGUCUUCUGAGCAUCGUCUGCCUGUGGUGGGUCCCAGAGUCUGCCCGGUGGCUCAUAGCCAAUGGCAAAGUGAAACAAGCUCACAGGCAUCUGCUUAGAUGUGCAAGAAUGAACGGAAGGAAAGACUUCGCUGUCUCACCAGAGGCUCUCAGAAGGAUGGCAACAGACAAAAAGCCAGGAGAGAGUUACUCCUACAUCAGCUUGUUCAGGACACCAGUCUUGCGGAAGAUCUCUCUGUGUUCUGGGGCUGUGUGGUUUGGCGUUGCCUUCUCCUAUUACGGCAUGAGCAUGAACCUAACUGGCUUUGGGCUCAACAUGUACCUCUCCCAGUUUGUCUUUGGCAUCAUUGAGAUUCCAGCCAAGAUGAUCAUGUACGUGCUGGUGAAUCGAGUUGGGCGACGGCAGAGUCAGGCGUGGGCGCUCAUUCUGACCGGACUAUGCAUAGGAGCCAACGUCAUCAUUCCCAAGCCCUUCACCUCCCUGCGCUCUGUAGUAGCCAUUAUGGGCAAAGGUUUCUCAGAAGCUGCAUUCACUACCGUCUUCUUGUACACCUCGGAGCUCUACCCCACCGUACUGAGGCAGAAUGGGAUGGGGUACACCUCCUUCGUGGCACGCCUCGGCGGGGCUUUGGCCCCCCUUGUGUUUCUGCUGGAUGAGGUGUGGAGGUCUCUGCCCGAGGUGACCUACUGCGGGGUAGCAGUGUGCUGCGGCUCGGUGGCCUUCCUGCUCCCGGAGACGCUCAACGUGCGCCUGCCCGAGGGCAUCGAGGACAUCGAGAAGGCACAAGUGAAAGGGCCACCACAAAUCGGCGCUCCCGAGGGCACGCCGCUACAGACUCUGCCGAAGUGAGGGACUCUGUGGGACGGCCGCUAUGGAGGACUGCAAAACCGAGCCGUGCUCUGACCUGUCAAUAAAAGAGCUUUUGCUGUCUACCGAGUCUCUCUCUGCAAGGGAAGUGGGGCGGAGGACACUGGAGGAAGGAGGCAGAUCACGAAACGAGCUGGAGGGAGCCAACCCCACUCUGUAGCGUGGCCAGGAGCAAGAACGCAGAGGUCUAGCAGGGUCUGGAAAUAAAGGCACCCUGUGGCAAGCUCUUGCUGGACAAGCAGCACCUUUCAGAUCACCGCCCAGCCUUCCCGAAACUACUAUCCAUUAGUUUACACACCACAAGAAACGCGAUGCAGCAAUAAAAAAAACAUCAAGCGUGAAUUGUACAAAACGAAAUAACCUCAAAUAAAUCUAACUGGAUGGUGGAUAAACCGUAGCUACGAAUAUUUCUUGGAUUUGGAAAUGGUCUGGACGCUUUUCACACUGAGGCCCAAAGACAGCAAAAAGCACACGCAGGAAUCUCACCGAGAGUGGGACAACUGCAAGCAUUUGUCCUACGUACAUAAAGAAGAAAGCACGCUUUUGCAGAUUAUUGCAAAUUAUUUUUUAUUUGUUUUUACAGAUUAUUUUUAACACAACCUUACUACGUUAACUUUUGCAUUGCAUAUUGAAUAAUUUGUUACUUGAUUUCAUUCUGCUUACCGGUCUAACGCAUUGAUCUGAAAUUCAGGGAAUGCCUCUGCAUCUUGCACUUAC